UUACAGGAAUCAGUCAUGGGACUGCUGCUACCUCUCCUUCUUGCUUUACUCUCCUGUUUGAUUGGAGGACUCUACCUACUUGGUGUGUUUCGACGGCACCGACCAGGUGAACCCCCUUUGGAUAAGGGGCUCAUCCCUUGGCUGGGUCAUGUCUUGGAGUUUAGCAGGAACGCAUUCAAAUUCAUCGAGAUGAAGAAGCAAAAACACGGUGAUGUGUUCACAGUGCUGCUGGGAGGGUGUUAUAUCACAUUCCUUCAGGAUCCUCUGUCGUUGGGGGCUUUUGUUAAGGAGAGUCGAGAAAAACUGGACUUCAGACCGUUUGCUAAACAGCUGGUGCAGAGAGUGUUUGGAUAUGUGUCAGGGGAGCAUGACCACACUUUUCUCAGGGCCACCAGCAACAAGAACCUCCAGGGGGAAGGCCUGAAGGUAUUAUCACAAGCUAUGAUGGAUAAUUUGCAGAAUCUGAUGUCUCGUGAAAUCGGCUCAGCAGCAGACGAAAGCAGCUGGAAAGAAGAUGGACUGUUUAUGUACAGCUACAAUAUCCUUUUCAGGGCCAGCUACUUAACUCUGUAUGGCAAUGCAUCUCCCAAGUCAGAAGAAGGUGAGGAGAAAGCCAAAGAGAAAGACAGAGCGGAAUCUGAAGCCUUGUUUAAAGAGUUUCGUAAAUUUGACCAACUCUCCCCCAAAUUGGCUUACGGGGUCCUCUCACCGAGGGAAAGGUUGGAAGCAAAGACGCUGAGGGAACUAAUCUGUAACACUCUGUCGGUGCAGAAGAUGAAGAUGAAGAACGAAAUCAGUGGCUGGAUCUGGGACAUGCACCAGUAUCGAGAGGAGAAUGGUAUGAAGGAAUCAAUGAUAAACAGAUACAUGUUGGCGCUUCUUUGGGCCUCUCAGGGCAACACAGGGCCAGCUUCAUUCUGGCUGCUCCUCUUCCUCAUGAAACACCCAGAAGCCAUGAGAGCAGUGAAGGAAGAGAUUGAUAAGGUUCUGAAGGAAUCAGGGCAGGAAGUCAGACGUGGUGGCCCUUCUAUCAACCUGACCUUUGAAAUGCUGAAGGAAACACCCAUCCUGGACAGUGCUUUGGAAGAGACCCUCCGACUCUGUGUUGCACCUGUCAUCACCAGAGUUGUGCUCCAGGAUAUGACUCUCAAGAUGGCAGAUGGGCGUGAAUAUAUCAUCCGCAAAGGUGACAGAUUGGCUAUGUUUCCUUAUUCUGCUGUUCACAUUGACCCAGAGAUCCACCCUGACCCACAUUCAUUCAAAUAUGACCGCUUUCUGAAUCCUGACGGGAGCAAGAAAACAGACUUUUACAAGAAUGGGCAGAAGGUGAAGUUUCACUCCAUGCCGUGGGGCUCUGGGGUCUCUAUGUGUGCCGGGCGUUUCUUUGCCUCCAGUGAAAUUAAGCAGUUGGUUUUCCUGGUGUUGGCCUAUUUUGAGAUUGAGCUAAAGAAUCCUGAGGAGAAGAUACCUGAAUUCGACUUCAGCCGAUGGGGCAUGGGAACCAUGCAUCCUAACAGAGAGGUCCAGUUUCGAUACCGACCAACAUUUUAAACCCAACUAAUCAUUUUGACAUCUCUG